ACUGCCGCCAAAGACGCCGACUCCACUGCCCUGCCCGACAGCGACCCUCUCUCUGCUUCCGGGUUCUUAAAUAGCACUCUAUCCACCCCACGCGCGCGGUCACCACAGCGAAACCCAAACCACCGAGACACGCGUUGUGGAAUCGCACAGCACCGCCAGCAACCAUCGCCUUGGCAACCGCUACCAAACAACAACAAUCGCACACCGCCAUACACCCACAACACAAGCAGGCAAAAUGACACCGGAGGAGAUGGGCAUCGACACCAGUCGCCGCAACCCCAGCCCGCGGCCGCUGUCUGAUAACGAGCGCGCGCGCCUCGAGGAGUUCAUCGACUCUAUUCACUAUUCUACUCGCUAUUCCGACAGCGAGUACGAGUACCGUCACGUCCAGCUACCCAAGGCCAUGCUCAAGGCCAUCCCCUCCGACUACCACGAUAAAUCCAAGGGCACUCUAAAGCUCUUGUGGGAGGAGGAAUGGAGAGCCAUGGGCAUUACACAGAGUCUCGGUUGGGAACACUACGAGGUUCAUGAGCCAGAGCCUCAUAUUCUGUUGUUCAAGCGUCCCCUAAACUACCAGCCCCCUCAGUGUUGAAGACAACUUGGCUUGAGGAGGAUUAGACGGGAACACACACACAACACACACAUUUGGAAUUGCACCAUACCUUGCAUUACCAUGAUGCUCACGACUGCAUAGCGAGAUUUCUUUAAUGGGCGACAUGUGCGGACAGCGAUCACGAUCGAUAGUAGGAUAAUACUUGGAGGAUACUACUGGCU